CAAAAUGGUGGGAAGUUUCUAAAGAAGAUGGCUGCCUCUCUCAGAGAGUUCUCCCCAUUCUCUGGUGUUUUCACAUCUGUGCCGGACGGAAAAGGGUUGUCUUUUUUCAUUCACAAAGUGAAAAACUGCUAAAAAUGGCUUUAUCCUCAUUGUUUUAUCCUGUCAGGUAACCCAGGUCUUUUUAACGCUUAAGCUGGUGGUUACAUUUUAUCUUAUUAUUUUUUUGCUACAGGGAUUUCUCUACCCACAACUUCCUGCUGUAGCCUUGAACAACAACAAAAGAGAAGCUAAUGAUGGCAGAGACAGUGAACUUGGAAAUUACUGCAAAUUAUAACUUUAACACAUUUUUUUCAACAUCUAAUUAAGAUGUUGCCCUGGAUCUGACUAUUCAGAUCACGGCUUUUGAAUACUAGGUGAAAGAUGACUUGCAUACAGUGUACCUCAGCUGUGUGUCACAGAAGCAGAAAUAGUAUUGCAAUCGGGGAACUGAUUUCAUUUGUAGACCAUAGAUAGUAGGGAGCAAUGUAGCUGACUGUGGAAAUUAUUUUUGCACUCGUUAUCAGGCAAAGAAGGUUGUGAUGAGUGGCUUGGUCUCUCAGCCCAGUCCAUAAACUCUUCAUCUUGCACUGUGAAUGAGAAUUGUAUGACUGACCAGAUGUUGUUGAACCACAACUCCCAGGGUUGUUUACCAUAGGCAGUGUUGUUUAGGCCUGCUGGGAGUUGCAAUCCACUAACAUCUGGGCGGCUUUACUAUCCCCUCCCCCACCCCGCAUUAUGAGAUUAAGAAGCUUAAUUUAAAACAACAGUAAUAACUAGGUUUGCAGAUCUGAUGAGAUACCGUACUGCAGUCUUGACAGCUGUUUGCACAAUUACUUCACACAGGUCAACGUGGUGAUCAUUUAUUUCCUUUGCUUUAGAGAGCAUCAUUCUGCCUUUGUUUUAUUUCUGUUACUCUGGCUUGAGCAGGGAGACACUAUAUGUCUCAGCCAGUUAUCUUUCAGCUUUUGUAGAUAGUCUGCUUCCUCAGAUGCAUGCAUUUGAGGAAGUAAACCAAGUCUACAAAAGAGCGCACUAUAACUGUUUUUUUGCACAGUUAGUCUCAAAGGUGUUGCAAGAUCACUUUGCAUUCUGAUAUUCCAGAGCAACAUGGUUUCUGAAUUCUACCAGUUACCUUUGUUUUGGAGUACAUUGCAGGUACACAGAAGAGCUGGAGGAGUCUACAUAUGCCUGGGUGAACUGCAUUAUAUCCCUGAUGCAAUAGUGAGCUCUAUGAUUAGAUGGUUGGGGUGUCCUGUUGAGCCACUUUUCUACUCUGUUCAUCUCUGGAUAUUUUUAACAAUUCAAAUCAGUGUCAGCCAUGACAGCCAGUGGGCAGAGGUGAUGGGGAUAGGUUGAAAACAUCUGGAGGACACAGGUUGGGGAAGAGUAGUUGGAUAAAAAGGACAGUAAGUACAGCAAGCCUCUCUCAUUGCAGGAAUCCAUAUCUGUGAUGUUCCUUCAGGAUAUAUCUCUGGUGUUCUUACCUUGUGCCUCCAAACUUAUCAGAGAAAAGAGAACCUCCUGAAUCACUGUCCUUAGGCAAUUGCACAGCUAUACAUGAACUUAAACAGGGUGGAAUGGAUGAGCUCCUUAAAAUGGGUCCUUUUCCACUGAUCCCUCAGUCAUUUAUCCAGCAGCCAUUGGGUAGCAACCAAAGAAGCUGAAGGUGCAAGGAGAGGAGAGAUGUUCUGGAGGGCUGUGGAACAGACAGGCAUGUGAAAAACCAGCACAAUAAGAUCAAGCGUGAGUGUAUCUCAAUUCACGUUGGUCAAGCUGGUGUGCAAAUUGGCAAUGCCUGCUGGGAGCUGUACUGUUUGGAGCAUGGCAUCCAACCCAAUGGGACAAUGCCAAGUGACAAAACAAUUGGUGGUGGUGAUGACUCAUUUAACACCUUCUUCAGUGAGACAGGUGCAGGAAAGCAUGUUCCUCGGGCUGUGUUUGUCGAUCUGGAACCAGCAGUCAUAGAUGAAGUGCGGAAUGGGACAUAUAAACAGCUCUUCCACCCUGAGCAGCUGAUUUCUGGCAAAGAGGAUGCUGCAAAUAAUUAUGCAAGAGGUCACUACACUGUGGGCAAAGAAAUAAUAGACUUGGUAUUGGAGCGUGUCAGGAAGCUGGCAGACCAGUGUACUGGCUUGCAAGGAUUCCUGAUUUUCCACAGUUUUGGAGGAGGCACUGGUUCAGGCUUUACUUCUCUGCUGAUGGAACGCCUCUCUGUUGAUUAUGGAAAGAAAUCAAAAUUAGAAUUUGCCAUAUACCCAGCUCCGCAAGUUUCAACUGCAGUUGUUGAGCCAUAUAAUUCCAUCCUAACCACCCACACCACCCUUGAACAUUCUGACUGUGCCUUCAUGGUUGAUAAUGAAGCAAUCUAUGAUAUUUGUCGCAGGAACCUGGACAUUGAACGCCCUACUUAUACCAACCUCAACCGUCUGAUUGGUCAGAUUGUCUCCUCAAUCACUGCCUCUCUCAGGUUUGAUGGUGCCUUAAAUGUGGAUUUGACAGAGUUCCAGACAAACCUGGUGCCUUAUCCCAGAAUCCAUUUUCCCUUGGUAACGUAUUCCCCAAUUAUAUCAGCAGAGAAAGCUUAUCAUGAGCAGCUCUCUGUGUCUGAAAUCACCAAUGCUUGCUUUGAGCCCUCCAACCAGAUGGUGAAAUGUGAUCCCCGCCAUGGCAAAUACAUGGCCUGUUGUAUGUUGUAUCGUGGAGAUGUUGUCCCCAAGGAUGUCAAUGCUGCUAUUGCUGCUAUAAAAACAAAGCGCACAAUCCAGUUUGUUGACUGGUGUCCUACCGGUUUUAAGGUGGGUAUCAAUUACCAGCCUCCAACAGUAGUUCCUGGUGGUGACUUGGCCAAAGUUCAACGUGCAGUCUGCAUGCUCAGCAAUACUACAGCCAUUGCAGAAGCCUGGGCCCGCCUGGAUCACAAGUUUGAUUUGAUGUAUGCCAAGCGUGCUUUUGUCCAUUGGUAUGUAGGAGAAGGAAUGGAGGAAGGAGAAUUUUCUGAGGCCCGGGAGGAUCUGGCUGCACUUGAGAAAGAUUAUGAAGAAGUGGGCACAGACUCCCUGGAUGGUGAAGAUGAAGGCGAGGAGUAUUAAACUUCACAAAGCUCUGUUGUGUAGCUGUGACCAUUUACUGCAUUGCUUGUAAUAAAAAGUAAAUGGGAACACAUCUCAAAUGUAAACUGUACUCUUAUAACCAAGAUAAUUUUCCAGCUGAUGAUGCAAGCAAUAAAACAUCUGGUUGGAUAUAAAUAAAAUAUUGCAUAUUAGUUAA